AUGGCUUCCAUUGGCAAAGUGGCGACUGUUUCAGACUACGAAAUGAAGUCUAAGGAGGACGAGUCCGUCCCAGCGGCGGACGACAAGGAGAUGAGCGUCGAAGGCGGCGAGGUGGAAGACUCCCCCUUCGACGAGGUCCGCGCAAUUGUCCCUCCCGUCGACGAUGUGGACUUGCCGGUCAACACCUUCAGAGCGUGGUUCCUUGGCAUCGUCUCCACCAUCCUCUUCUCUGGGAUCCUCCAGUUCUUCCAAUUGCACUCCCCGCCCAUCUUCCUUGCUUCCUAUCUCGUCAUCAUCAUCACUCUGCCCGUGGGGCACUUCAUGGCCCGUGUCCUCCCGACAACGACAUUCUCCAUCUUCGGCCAUGAAGUCAGCCUCAAUCCCGGCCCCUUCAACCACAAGGAGCACACCAUCACGGCCAUCAUGACCACUCUGGUCUCGGCUUUCGACAAUGGCUCCUUGGCAUCCGACAUCUAUGUCGCCUUCGACAAGUUUCUGGGGAUCCCCAUCUCUCCCGGGUUCCGUCUCAUGUUCCUGCUCACGACGCAAGCCCUCAGCUUCGGGUUCGUCGGCAUCUUCCAUCGGUUCCUUGUGCGCCCUUCUGUAUGCAUCUGGCCGGGCGCGCUCCCUACCUGCUCCAUGAUCUACGCCUUCCACGAUCCCCAGUUCCAGAACCAGAUCGCAGACGGCUGGAAAGUCAACCGCAUGAAGUUCUUUUGGCUCGCCGUCGUCAUCGCGGGGAGCUGGCAGGUCGUGCCCAGCUUCUUGUUCACCUCGCUGACUACCUUUGCGUGGAUCACCUGGAUCCGGCCAAACAAUGUCACGCUCAACCAGAUUUUUGGAGCAACCACCGGCAUGGACUUGUUGCCGCUUACGCUGGACUGGAACCAGAUCUCUGGAUACUUGUCCUCCCCUUUGGUGGUUCCAUCCUGGGCCAUCGUCAACGUGUUGGCCGGUAGCGUUCUAUUUCUCUGGAUCAUAUCUCCGGCACUGCACUGGCAGAAUGUGUGGUACGGGCGGUACUUCCCAUUCUCCUCCUCCUCCACAUUCGACAACACGGGCGCCAGUUACAAUACCAGCAGAGUCAUGAACGACGACUUCAGCUUGAACAAUGAAGCCUACGCCGCCUACUCACCUGUCUUUCUCUCCACCACCUCAGUCCUGUCCUACGGUCUCGGCUUCGCCUCCAUCACGUCUAUCCUUGUGCACACAUAUCUAUACCACUCAAAGAUGUUAUGGAGCACCCUCAAGACAGCCUUCAAGGGCAGCCGCGAUGAGACCGAAGAUAUCCACGGUAAGCUCAUGCGAGCAUACAAGCCCGUUCCAGAAUGGUGGUACGGAAUCGUCUUCGCCAUCCUCUUCGGUGUCAGCAUGGCGUUCCUGUACGUGUACAAGACCGGCCUGCCAUGGUGGGGUCUCAUCCUCAGCGUCCUCAUCAACAUCGUGCUCCUCGUCCCCAUCGGCAUAAUGAAGGCCACGUGCAACAUGACCAUCAACACGGGUGUUCUGUCGGCCCUCAUCAGCGGUCUCAUCUGGCCGGGUCAGAUGGUCAAUAACGUCGUCUUCAAGUGCUUCACACUCGUGUGCACGUUCCAGGGUCUCGGGUACGUCCAGUCGAUGAAGACCGGCCACUACAUGAAGAUCCCCCCUCGAAUCACCUUCACGGCUCAGUGUUUGAGCAUCAUCCUCUCGUGGCUGGUUCAGAGCGGCGUCAAUAUGUGGGCCAUGGCAAAUGUUGAGGGUAUAUGCACUAAGAAGGCAGUCAACAACUUCUUUUGUCCCCUUGCUAAUGGAUAUGCGGCCAACGCCGUGUUCUGGGGCUUGAUUGGUCCCACCAAGCUAUUCGUCUCUGGUUCCAUGUACACCAGCAUGCUGUGGUUCUUCUUGAUUGGAGCCAUCGCUCCUGUAAUAGUAUAUGUCGCCGGCAAGAAGUUUCCCGAAAACAAAGUCCUGGCUAAUAUCCAUAUGCCGGUCAUCUUCUCCUCGACCGCCUCGAUCCCGCCAGCCACCGCCGCCAACUCCAUCUCGUGGGGCAUUGUCGGCCUCACAUUCAACAUGUGGAUCAAGAGACGCUACCGCGCCUGGUGGUCCAAAUACAACUACCUGCUCUCGGCUGCUCUGGAUUCGGGACUGGCCAUCACCACCUUCCUGGUCUUCUUCUGUCUCACCUACCCGGGCGUGACGUUGGAUUGGUGGGGUAACAAUAUCGCUUACAUGACGGCUGAUGGGAUGGGGACUCCUUUGGAUACAGUGCCUGAAGGAGAGACAUUUGGCCCAGCUAAAUGGUUCUAA